AUCAAGUAAAUAAAACCCAAAAUAAAACCCACAAUGUCAGAAGCAUCUAUCAACAACCUUUUGCUCUCUCUAUGCAGAAACGACCAAGAAGAAGAACUCGAACAACUUUUAGAAGAAAACGAAGAUUGUGAUGUCAACCACGCAGAUGGUGCCGGAAAUACUGCUGCUCAUUACGCAGCAAAAGCAGGAGCUAUUGGAUGCUUAGAAAUAUUAGUAAAUCAUGAUGACAUCAAUCUCGACAUCCAAAAUCGCCUGGAGGGAGAUACUCCUCUUCACAAGGCUGUUCUUUAUCAGGUCCAAGACCACGAGAUGGCAGUGGCCAUGGUGGAGAUUCUACUGAUGGGAGGUGCUGACCCAAGAUUGAUGAACCGUAAUAAGCUCACACCUGCAAUGUUGGUCAAUCAAAAAUACAAAGAUAUCAAGGAUAUGCUGGAAGAGGCUACUGUAUCCUAUGGCAUGGAUGAUUCUGAUAUUGCACAGGAGGAUGACAGUGGUAGCGAAAUCCCGGAAGGUGAAGAGGUUUCGGAUAGCGAUUAGUCCGCUAUAAACAUAAGCACAUAAGCACACAUACACAUACACAUACACAUACACAUAAAUGUACACCUACGUAUAUAAGAGAAGAGUAUAUAUAUAUAUAUAUAUGAAUAUGGUGUGUGUAUGCGUCUAAAUGUAUGUAUAAAGUGGGUGUGUCUAUGUGUGUGUGUAUAGAUUUAUAUGUAAAUGUAGGUGUAUAUGUGAAUACACACAAUACACACAUAUACUUUGCAUUACAUUACAUUACAUUACAUAGCAUAUCAUUACAUUGCAUUACAGAUAUAUAUCUAUAUAUCUAUACUUGCAUAUUUGUGUGAAUAUUCUAUUUGUACAUCAGAAUAAGCUAAAAAUUAAACUAAAUUGACAUCUUCAUUUUGCUUU